AUGGCGGCUGACGAGAAAAUGGAGGUGACGGUGACGGUGAAAACGUUGGACUCGCAAUCUCGAACCUUCACAGUAGAUGUAGAGCUAACUGUGAAGGACUUCAAGGAUCACAUAUCGUCCUCGGUUGGCAUUCCUCCAGAGAAGCAGCGGCUCAUAUAUCAGGGUCGUGUGCUGCAGGAAGAUAAAAAGCUGAAGGAUUACAAUGUGGAUGGGAAGGUCAUUCACUUGGUGGAGCGUGCUCCUCCUCAGACACAGACCACUUCUGGGGGAGCUUCUUCAUCAUCUAGCACAUCUUCCAGCUCUAGCAGUAGUUCUGCGGGUGGACCAGGAUCCAGCGGUCCUGAAAGGAACGGAAAUGGCUACGUGAUGGUGGGAGCGUUUAAUCUGCCGCAUGUCAUGUCGGGUCUGAGCGAGGCGGGCAGAUCCCCCCGUAUUAACACAUCCAGUGGGAGUGAUGGCUCCUCUCUUGAUGUCCAUAUAAACUUGGACCAGCAGCUCCCCAUCCAGAGUGAGUCUCGCAUUCGUCUUCUUCUGGCGCAACAUAUAUUACAAGAUCUUCAGUCCGUAUUGGAUCGCCUAGAGCAACACCCUAUUGUUGAGCUGACUGCAUUAGCCAUGGAAACAUCAGGACCCGAAGGGGAAUCUGGAACUCGGGAAACACCAUCCCAAAGUACACAGAGCUCAGAGGGACAAGCUGGUACAGCACCGACAAGCCACCCCUCCCCUGCUGAGUAUGUGGAGGUCCUCCAGUCUUUAUCCCGGGUGGAAGAACGCUUGGCUCCCUUCAUGGAUCGCUACCGAGAGAUCCUCAGCAAUGCUACCAAUGGCACCUAUGAGAAUGAGGAAAGAGAACAAGGACAGCGACUUUAUAAAUCUUGUUAGCGAGUGUCUUCGGCUGCUAGGGAAUGCUUUGAUUGCAAUGUCUGAUAUGCGGUGUAAUAUAUCUAUGGCAUUACCUCGGCACAUGCACGUGGUCCGACCCAUGACACACUACACAGGUCCUAUGCUGCUCCAGCAGGCAGCCAUCCCUAUACAGAUUAAUGUCGGUACCACAGUGACAAUGACAGGGAAUGGAGCUCAUGCCAGUCAGACAAGCGAAGGAACGGCAACCUCAACCACUCCUUCUAGCACUUCAGACACAGCACGUGGAGCCAGCGACACCCAGGGCCCUGCUUCUGGGGAGCCCACACCAUCUCAGGCUCCUCCUACCACUGCUCCUCCCCCGCACCCACGCGUUAUACGCAUCACACACCAGACAGUGGAGCCAGUCAUGAUGAUGAUGAAUAUCCAGGAAUCUGGACCUGGGGGGUCAUCAAAUAUUCCACCAACCUCAGCAGGUGGUGGCACGCAUAUACACAUGCCCGGAUUACCUCCUGAAUUCAUGCAGGCCAUUUCUCACCAGAUCACACAGCAAGCAAUGGCUGCUGCCUCAGGGCAGCAAAUUCCUGGCUUUCAGGCUGCUCCUCCUCGUUUUGUAUUCACAAGACCAGCUGCUCCUCCUCACCCACCCCCAGCUGGAACCACGACCACCACCCCCUCUUCCACUGGAUCAGGGACUACUCAUGGGGCAGGAUCUGGAACAGCGGCUGCUCCAAGCUCCUUAACACAGAUGAUCAGUGGCUUAGUGGGGCAACUCCUCAUGCAUCCAGUCAUUGUGGCUCAGAGUGGCGGUACAACCAGCACCUCUUCUUCCUCCUCUGCUUCCACUUCUUCCAGCUCAACAUCAACCACCACAACUACCACAUCCUCCUCAACCUUUCCAAGCACUCCCUCUGCACCCUCGGCUCCCUCUACCCCCUCUACACCCUCUGCUCCUCCCUCGCAGCCGCCUCCUGGCCUGGAACAGCAGCUGUCUCAGCUCCUCGGCUCAUUACUGGGCACUGCAAGCUCUGGCGUGGCCAACAUAGCAAUGGGAUCGCCAAGCAUUGCCGUGGCAGUUCCUGGAAUGCCUGCGUUCAUGCAAGGAGUCAAUGACCUAUUGCAGGCUACACAAAAUGUCAAUGUGUCUGUCACACCACCUCAGUCGUUUGCACAGCCCUCUGCUUCUGCACCUCCACCUCCUCCACCAACUGGCCCAGCACAACCACAAGCAGCUGCUCCAGAUUCCCUCCCACCAGAGUUCUUCACCAGCGUGGUGCAGGGUGUUCUGUCCUCUAUGCUGGGCUCACUUAGUGCAGCGGAUCAGAGCGGGACAGAAAGCAUUGCAGCCUUCAUCCAGCGCCUCAGCGGUUCCCCCAACAUCUUUCAACCAGACACAGAGGGGCCUGGAGGGUUCUUUGGUGAUCUCCUGUCUCUCAUCUGUCAUCACUUCUCACUUGUGGAUGUAGUGAUGUUAUUACAUGGCCAGUCGCAGCCACUGCAAAACCUGCAACCUCAGUUGCGAUCCUUCUUCCUGCAACAGUAUCUACGCCAGGCUGACCCCACUCCACAGAAUAUUCAGAUGGCAUCGCGGAAUCUUACGAACGGUUUGGAAGAAUAUAUUCGCGAGAGCUUUGCCACCGCCCCUGUUCGCGAAGAUGUCGACAUAACAAGAACUAAUCUGGAAUUCCUGCAGGAGCAGUUUAAUAGGAUCACAACACACAUCCUACAUUGUGCAGACUCCACGUUCGGGCAGCGUCUUCUGGAGAUGUGUAACCAAUCACUGUUUGAAUGGCUUGCCCUCAAUCUGUACUGUCUGCGAGGAGACCAGCACGCUCUCACAUCCGUCAUUAAUGAGAGAAUCAGGAGACUGUCCACAGAUGUUUCUCCUGCAUUAGUUUCUUGGGUGACUUCUGUCUUGUCCCUGCGACUGCAAGCUCUUUUGGGCCAAAUGCCGGUGACGGAAGGAGAGGUGCAGAGGCAUGUCCGCAGAGUGGGAGACCCUCCUCGAGAUACAGAGCUGUCCCCACAGGAGCAGCCAAUGGAGACCUCUCCUGCUGAGGCUCAGCCGGGUGCUUCUUCUCCAGCCCCUGCCACCACAGUGGAAGAGGUCCUCUUCAUGCCCACUCAGGCUUCAGCACCAGCUCUAUGUCCGGACUCAGAGCUCCCUCAACAAGAAGAGGCUGGGUCUGAGCCAUGGGCAGCAGCAGUGCCACCAGAGUGGGUCCCUGUCAUUAGGCAGGAUAUUCAGACCCAAAGGAAGCUAAAGCAGCAACCGCCACUGAGUGAUGCCUACCUGAGCGGGAUGCCCGCCAAGAGACGCAAGACAAUGCAAGGAGAAGGACCUCACCUCUCCCUCUCGGAGGCUGUGAAUCGGGCCGUGAAGUGUACGGGAGCCAAACCAGAGACCAGUAUGGAGAGUCUGAAGAGAGAGUUGGACAACAGCGAGGUACAAGGCCGAUACAGAGAACAGCUGUGUCAAGAUAUCCAGAAAAUUCUUCUACAAGACAACGAGUCAUAUAAUCCUCAGAGAUUCCCGAACACGCAGAGAGCAUUCAAGGGAGACCCUUAG